GAAACGAGAGAGAGAGAGAGAGAGAGAGAGAGAGAGGGGGAGAGAGCGAAAAUAUUCUUUUUUAGCUCUUUCAGCGAUCGAGAGAGCGAGAGCGACAGAAGGAGAGCUCAAUCCCAUCCUGCAGCCCCUUGCGAGCGAGCAAGAGAGACGUAGUGGUGAAGAGAGACCGAGGAGAGCCCGAAGCAAAGCAGAAGCAAAGACGAGAAGCAGAGAUACAGAGAAUUCGAGCUCUCUUUCUCUCUCUCUCUCUCCCUCUCUCUCUCUCUGCGCUCGGUGAUGCGCUUCGAAUCCCCGCCUCCCUCCCCACUUCGAGCUCCCAAAGGUCAGCUUCAGCCUUCCCUCCUUCCCCUCUCUUCCCAAAGAUUAGGUCUUUCCCUGCCCUCCUCUUUUUCUUCUUCUCUCCCGCUCUGAUUCCUCCAAUCCCGCACUCCGACCGUGGGCCCGCUGCGAUCCGACGUGUUCGAGUGGAUUCCCCGAUCGCAGAGCGCGGAGUCGAUCUUUGGAAGCUCCCCGACGAGCAAUUCUUCUGUAAAGAGAUAGCUUUUUCGAGCUCUGGGCCGCCGAAUUGGGUGCUUCUCUAGCUAGGUCCCGUUCACGUUAGGGUUGCGAUCCACGGGAUCGGAAUUCAAGUUUCCGGCCAGGGUUUUUGGAGGAGUUCGAGCUGGGGAUCUUUGUUCUUGGGCGUGGGCCUCUCUGUCCCGGCUUACCCUAGGGUUUUGUGCCCCAAAGGUGAAAUUUUUGUCCGCAUUGUUUUGGCCGAGCAGUAGGGAAUUGGCUUUGGUUCAUGUAGUUUGUAGAAGGUGGAGAAAAACCCUAACUUUGAAUUAAGAGAGAGGAUAGAGAGAACGAGAGGAGAACCCUAAUUCUGUUGAUCUGGUGAAUUAUAUGGCUGCCCUGCAUUGAGAGAUGCCGCCACCGACGAUGUCGCCCCCCAUCCGGAUCAGUCUCGGCGACCUCAAGUCCCAGAUAGCCAAGAAGCUCGGCCCUGAGCGAGCCCAGCGGUAUUUUGGUUACCUGAAUCAGUUGUUGGCCCAGAAGCUGAGCAAGCCAGAGUUCAACAAGUUCUGCCUUUUGAUCCUUGGGCGCGAGAACAUCCCAUUGCACAACCAGCUCAUCCGCUCAAUCCUUAAGAAUGCCUUUCAUGCCAAGACCCCACCUCCACUGGUUCAUGACAAGGCCGCCCUGAAGCCCAUUGGAAGUGCAGGGAAAAAAUCCCCUCAAGGAGAUGACAGAAUUAAUCGGGCACCUGCUGCUUCAACUCCAUCGCCAACUAUUUGGUCCAAUGGGGACAUCUUGCCACCAUCACCUCGCAAAGUCAGGUCUGGCAUUCGAGACCGGAGGAUCAAGGACCGCCCAAAUCCUCUUGGACCAAGCCACCUAUCUUUAGUACCCUCUGAUGAAGAUAUUUUCAGGGAGAAUUGCAUUUUGGGUCCUUGCGAUUUGAAGAGACCUGUGCAGCAUCAUCAAGGUGGGCCUGCAGAGCAGCCGGCAAAGAGAUCUCGGAUGGAGAAUUUGUCACCACAUGAUCGGGCCUCUGUACAUAGCAAGGGUCUGGUUGAAGAUGGAGAGGAGGUGGAACAGAGUAAUGAUUUGAACUCCAAGAGAGGUCAUCUUCAGGCUCCACUCGGGAUACCAUUCUGUCCUGCUAGUGUUGGUGGGGCACGGAGAUGUCUGCCAUUGGUAACUAGUACUAGCACUGGUAGUUUUAGUAGCAACUAUGAUGAGGGUGAGCUACGCCGUACUGAGGCUUUGAAGAAAUGGAUGGAAAAAAUAGCAGGGUCACAGGGCUUGGGAGGGGUGACUAUGGAAUGUGCUAAUUUACUGAAUAAUGGCUUAGAUGCUUACUUGAAGAACCUGAUUAGGUCAUGUGUUGUGCUAGUAGGAGAAAGGUCAGGACACGAAUCAAUAAAGCAACCUGUAGCUAAGCCUAUAAAUGGUUUUUGGCCGGGAAAGCACAUGCAUGUACAGAGUAGUGGUGGGUCUUCAGAGGGUACACAUGAUCUGAGAAAGUUGUGUUCAAUAUCUCUACAGGAUUUUAGGGUAGCAAUGGAGCUAAACCCACUGCAGCUUGGUGAAGACUGGCCAUUGCUACUUGAGAAAAUAUGCCUCCGUUCAUUUGAAGAAUAAGGCAGAUUCAUAUCAAGCUUUCUAGAUCUACGAAAUUGUUGCUGGGUGGAUCUCUAACAGCCUCAAGGGGUGGCCUUUGGGCAAGUCUGGACAGAACUAAACUCAGAUUAAUGGCUCUCUUCUCUGGUAGAAAAUCAUCAGAGUUUAGAGCGAAAAAUUUCUGUAAAGGCAUGGGCCUUCUUGAAGAUCACAUUCCUUAAAUCAGUCCAUCUGAAGGAAAGUUUUUUAAAAGAAUUCCCUGUUUGGUGCAUUUGCUGUAUGUGUCAGCAUCCGUGAGGGGGAUAUCUUCCACCACAACCAGAAAUCUCAAGCUUUGACAUAAUUUACAGCCAAUGUGGAGGAAAACAGUUUUGCAGGAAUAUUGAUUAGUAAUUUGGUAUAGGUUCAAUCAUGUCUUGUAGGUCUUGCGGGGUCUUGUUGUAUGUAUUAUUAAUUGCAUAAAUUGCUUCGUCGGUUUUAGUAGUGAUCUUACCAUUUCAUGAAUUGUUUCAGAAGAUUAAAUUUGAAUUAUCUCAUCAAGUGAUACAUAAGAAAUCAAGUAUGUGAAA